AUGACUCUGGCGCCCGCUCCCGCGGUGGGGAUUUCUGGGCCCUCCCGCCUCCUUCACAACCCACCAUGGGCCGCGACGGCGCCCUCGCGAGCACUGAGGCUCAGCCUCGGCUAUCGGAAUCGAGCUUCACAACAGGUCCGACGCGCAUCUCACGUCCCCGGCCGUGACAACGAUGGUGCCGUCCUCGGCGCGCGGCUCGUCGCGAACGCGGGCCUCUCCGGAGGGAAAGCGUUGGAUGGGGCGUUUAUUCAGGCCGUGCUCGGCCAGCAACUCCCAGGCCGCCUGCGACAACAAGUGAGCCCUCUUGGGGAGGCGGAUGCAGCACCGCCGUAUACCCAUCUCACACCGCGAGCUUCGUCGGAGGAAACAUUCGCCGAUCGCUUCCGAUGCGCGCUACGAGAAGCAGAUGUUUCGUGCUUGUGGAAGCUGGUCACUCAUGCGGUAGAGCCGGACCAGGAAUAUGACCCUCUGCCCCGUGUCGUUGGGAGCCUGCCCGCCGACUCCUUUUCCGAACUCCUAAGACUUCUGGACCCCGACAACGUCCAGCGCCAACUCCACGGCGAUGGCAAUCGACUUUUCAUAAGCGCCGGCAUGGUCGCAACGACACCGCUAGGCUCGUUGGUGGACGAGUUGGGGAGGAGGCGAACUUAUUUGACGCUCUACGAAAGCCUGGGGCGGCUGUGUCGGAUCCGACGGGAGGCCGGUGGCAGGCUUAUGGCUUCAGACUUCAAGAUUCUACUGCGGAGCGCCGGCGCGACGAUGGAUUUGUACAAGUACAUCAAGGCGAGAUUCUUCACCGAUCCGCUGUUCUCGCAGUACGACACCUCUCGGUUCCGCGUGUAUCCGCUAAACCUCAACAGGAAAAAAUUCCUGCUGGGUCGCGUGCGUUUUGGUAUGCUCGAGAGGAUGCGCCUGCGGACCGCGCGGACACGGCACGACCGAUUCGGGCAGAACGCGGCAGCGCACAAGACGGCGGUGCGCAUCGACAAGAUGCUCUCCAAGGCCGGCCCUCUUAGGAAACUGGCGGAUCGCAACGUGAAUCAAGGGUACCUCGAGGAGGAGCAGGCCUGCGCCUUGCUAGUCGCCAUGUCGCGGACAGCGGCGAACCGGGACAAGACCAGCUUGAUCGUCCGAAACUGGGGGGUCAUGCCCAUGUCUACCAUGUCUGGGCUCCCGGCGCAGCUGGUUGAGGACCCGUCGUCGCUGCGCGAGAGGUUCCAACGGCCAGGAGCUCUCGCGGCGCCGACCGAGAAGCUGUUGCUUGCUGUCGUGCGCGCCUACUGCGCCAUGGCCGACGUCCCCAUGGCGCUCAGCGCGGUCGACACGCUCUCGCGCGUAUACAACAUCCAAAUCCCCGACGGUCUCUGGUUCGAGCUUCUCGAGUGGGUCUACACCCUGUCCAGCUAUCCCGCCAAGCAGGAGUGGGAGCUGAUGAGUCCCCUGCUCGUCAACAAGGUCAUGACGACCGACUCACUUUUGCAGAUCUGGGAGGUCAUGACGUCUGCGCGGUACAACGUGCAGCCGGGCGUGGCGCAGUACUUCGUCCUGGCAAAGUCCCUGCUUGCCAAGGGGGAGACGGUCGUGGCGGUGGAGCUGAUGGAGAAGAUGGUCGAGCAGUACGACGCCCGGCUCGGGGAGCUCGAGACGGCCGCCGCCGAGGCCGCGCACGCAAAGGCCCUCGGGCUGGACCAGGCCCGGUCGAGGCGCAGGUACCACGAGGCGGUGCUGAGCAAGUGGACGCUGUGGUUCUACGUCCACAGGUGCGCCACCCUGCUGCUCAAGGCGGCCCGGCGCAACGGCGGUGACGAGCACAACGCGUGGGCGGCGACGCGGCUCGUGCCCGACUGCAUCGCCGCCUUUGAGCGCUUCCUGCCGCGCGAGGUCGAGUACAAGCUGCCCACGGGGCUCGUGUCCGUCGACCUGCACCGCAAGGUCGGCGCCCAGAGCUACGGGCUCGCGCGCGAGACGUUUGAGGCGCCGCCGACGAUACCGGUCCAGUCCACCACGACGUGGUACAUGCCCGUGAGCAAGAGGCGGCAGUCCCUUUGGCGGAAGAACAGGGAUAAGCCGCGCACGAUAUCGCGCGACGUCUUUCCCACGAACCUGUCGUCGAUAUUUGAAGUGCCAGCUCAUGCUACGGGGCAGAUCGGCUCGAGAUGGAUCGAGAGGCAGUUCGCCUAA